AUGCCGAAAACUAUCCGCUUCACAACGAUUUUUGCAACAACUACCAAAGUUGAAUUAUUUCUUAGUAAUGAGGAUACCAACUUAGCCGAAGAUGUGGGGAAUAUAAAAUGGGAAUAUUUAGGGUAUAUUACAUUGUCCACGAAUGAAACAACAGAAUUUAAAAGUAGAGAGUUAAAAUCUGCUAGUAUACCUAAAAAAGAAGUGACGUUCAUUAAAAUUAAUUUGAAUAACAAUCAUUUUAAUGCUUUAAAUCAACAUAACCAGGUUAGCCUUAUAGCAGUUAAUAUUCUUGGUACUGAUAUAAAAUUCAGACGUCCUUCUAAUCCCGAAGAUGAGGAUGCCAAAUUAUUUGAUAUAUUAAACGACCCUGAGUAUUAUUCACCUUACGACGACUUGGCUUUUUUAAUGUACGUUGACGUAGAUGUUGCCAAAAUUGUUAAGGAAAUGGAAAUAAAGAAACACUUAGCUGUGAUAAAUGAAAGAUUUGAGUAUGCUAGGAAAUUAAAAAGUGCUAUGACCAAAUUAAGAGUAGCGGGCGAGAAAUUAGCAAAAUAUGAAUUAGAAAAACGGUACGCGAUCGAGGUUGAAGAUUAUGAAAAAGCCAGACACAAGAAAAACCAGAUGGAACUGUUUAGGAAUGAAACGUUUGUAGAACUGAAUAUAGAUCAAUUAAUGGAAUACGCUGGGGUAUGCUCAAAAAACGACGACUGCCAAGACGAAGGGGACGGCCAAAACAAAAAUUUACUUUCACCAGUAUUGACAAAGAGCCACUCUGACAGAAGAUCCGUCUCACCUAGUCAUCAUCACAACAGCCAAGUAUCCCCAUUGCAUAUGACUAAGCAUCAGAGUCCAAAAACCGGUUCCCCUAGUACGGGCAGCCCCACAAACGUUCAGAGUAGAGGUGGAUCGUUCAGGCGGAGAAAUAAGUCGGCUGGGGCUAUCGUUAAAUCUACGUAUGAGAUGUAUGAGGAAAAACCUUUACCGGCUUUAAGACAUUCCCAAACAAACGAAUUUCUAAGAGAAUGCCAGCUAGAACCCGACCACAAAACGACGUCAAAACUCACAGAAAGGGAGAAAAAACAAGCCGCGUUGCCUAUCCUCGUAUUCGGCAAUGAUCUAGUGGAACGAUUUUACUCCAAGCACUAUUGCGACAAAGAGGACGGCUUGAAUAGUUUGAAGGAUGAGUUGUCCACCUACGACAAUAGUAAAAUUCACGUUCCGAACAAAAUAGCCAGAGCUGCGAUAUUUUUGCUGCAUAGAUCGUUGAGAGAUAAAGUGUUUUCGGUGUACAAUUUGGCUAAUGAGGUUAUUCGGUUGUUUUUUGUACAUUUCGUGCCAGGAAGAGUUAGUCAAACGGAAGUUGCUAGAAGCGUAGACAAACUCCUGCCGGAACUAUUAACUAAAUCUGGAGAUACAAGUCAACGCAUUAAUCAAAUGGCUGUCCAUACCAUUUUAACAAUGGCAGACUGCAAAAGCGUAAGGGACCUUCAUAUUAUCCCGGUUCAUUUAAGUAGACCAGUGAAUAGUAGCACUCAUCCUAGACUAGCUUUGAGUAGGGCAGAAAUGGUAGAACAGCUUAUUAUUAAUCAUGGAAUCUCUACAGAGAAACAAAGUGGAUUAACUUGUAGAACUUUGGCCGAAUUCGGUCUCAGCGGACUGCACCAUCCCGCGGAAGCCGUCAGAAAAGUAUCAGAAAGAAUUUUGGUUUUAGUUUACAGAGUAAACCCUCGUUUAGUUAGAAAACAGUUACCACCGGAUGAUGACAUUACACGAAGGAAUCUGCUUUAUAGACAGUUAUUUCAUGAGUUCGACAAAAUUGAUCUAGAAAGAAAGAAAGAAACCUUGGAGAAGAACAGACUUCUCCAACAAACUCAACUACCCAACACGGACUGCUUAAGUCCAGAGCCGAUAGGCCAGCAAAACGGCAAACACGAACUUAGCAAAUGCUUGAGCGCCAACAAUAUCAAAUCGAUCACCAACGGAGGCUUUCCCGCGGAGAACAAUUCUAAAAGUUAUGCGUUGUCUAAAAGUCAAAGUGGCACAAAUGUACAUACCAUCGAAAAUAACGGUUGUAACGAACAAAGUUCUAGUUCCGCUAGCGGAAUAUCGUCACCUAGUAACAAUUCACAAAAGGAUGAAGAUGAAAAACAAUGCAUCUUCUGUAAACAAUCCGAAUCGUCAAUAUUUUUAAUAAACAAUUCUAUGAAUUCUCAUUACUGGAGGUCGUGUCCUAUGUUGAUUCGUUGCAAGGAAUGUAACCAGGUAGUGGAAGUUUCUACUUUAACGGAACAUUUACUUAUGGAAUGCGACCAGAGGGAGAGUUAUUCACAGUGCGCUCAUUGCUCAGAGGCUGUCAGAAUCGAGAAGUACCAGGAGCAUAAAUCAGAAUGUAGAGAGUUAGCAGAGAGCUGUAAUCGGUGCCCUCUAUGCCACGACAACUUCGAAAUGGAGGAGAAUUCCUGGAGUAAUCAUUUGAUGGGCGAAAAACCUUGCUUGAAGAAUCCCAGAGUCAAAUCGAAGUUGUCAAAGCACGUAAAAAUACAAGCCUAG